CUGCUUCAUCAACCACCACAACAACCUACAGUCGCUUUGUCAGCCCAAUCAGAUGAUGAUAUGGUGUUUCUCGAGACGGCUAUUGUGUUCAUCGUAGACGAUUAUGGAGAGAAACAUGAGGCACGGGCGCUUUUGGAUUCGGGCUCUAUGUCCAACUUCAUUUCGGAUACGUUAGCUCGGAAGCUCAUGACACCUCGAGCGAGAGUUAAUGUAUCAGUGUCUGGCAUCGGAACUUCAAGGCAGCAGAUAAAGGGUUCGACCACGGCGAUCGUUCGUUCAAGGAACCUUCAAUUCACCACCCCAUUGGAGUUUCUGAUCCUGGAUACACCCUCGGCGGACAUUCCCACCUCACCAAUCAACGUGUCUUCGUGGAACAUCCCGGAUGUAACGCUAGCAGACCCCACGUAUCACAUCCCAGGCAAGGUCGAUGUGGUCAUCGGUGGCGAUACGUUCUGGGAGCUGCAUACCGGACGCAAGCAAUCUCUCGGUUCGGGUCUGCCAUGGCUGGUAGAAACGCAGUUUGGAUGGGCGGUAGCAGGAAACACUACGCAUUCGUCUCAACAACAUCGGGUAUGUAAUAUGGCAACGAGCGACAGUCCGUUGGAAGCCAUAUUGACGCGGUUCUGGGAGAGCGAGACCAUCUUCGACGAGCCCGCUCUAUCUCUGGAGGAAGACAUGUGUGAACGUCAUUUCAUCUCUACUACAACCAGAGACCCAUCUGGCAGGUAUGUCGUACGUUUACCACAAAUUCCUAAUACGAAUAUCGUUUUAGGAGAAUCGAAAGCAAUCGCUGAUCGUCGUCUCCUAGCGGUGGAACGGCGGCUUAAGUCUAACCCUGCAAUGAAGGAGGAGUAUAGUAAAUUCAUGUCGGAGUAUGAGCGCUUAGGGCACAUGAAACAACUCACCGAGCCGGUGGACGAUUCGUGUGAACACUACUAUCUCCCUCAUCACGCGGUGCUUAAGGAAUCGAGCACAACCACCAAGGUCAGGGUAGUCUUUGACGCGUCGUGCAAGACAGCUUCUGGCUACUCCUUAAACGACAAACUCCUGGUUGGGCCGGUGAUCCAAGACGAUCUGUUUACCAUCAUCGUUCGUUUCCGGUCUCACGCAGUCACACUCUCAGCAGACGUUGAGAAAAUGUAUCGCCAAAUUCUCCACGAUUCUCGCGACACUGAAUACCUGCGCAUUCGGUAUAGAAGAAACACCGCAGAGCCGAUUCAGACGUUCCAACUACAAACAGUAACAUAUGGCACGUCUUGCGCACCCUUCCUAGCAACAAGAACGCUAAAGCAGAUCGCUCUCGAUCACAAGAUGCAAUACCCCCGAGCAGUGGAUCCUGUAUUGCACGAUUUUUAUGUGGAUGACCUGCUAACGGGAACAGACGAGUUGGCAGAUGCAAUUGAAAUGCAAAGGCAGAUUUCCGAGAUGCUCAAGCAGGCUGGAUUCGUGUUGAAGAAGUGGGUAUCGAACGUACCCGAAGCACUAAUCGGCAUUCCUUCAGAAGACCUUGCCAUCCUUCCUACUCAUGAAUGGCAAGAUCCCCAAUUUGUAUCGACGCUUGGUCUGGUUUGGGAGCCAGCAGUUGAUAUGCUGCGAUAUCGGAUCGAUCUACCAACUGCUGCGACGAUGUUGACAAAGAGGCUAGCUUUGUCCUACAUCGCCAAAAUCUUUGACCCGCUGGGCUUGCUUAGUCCAACCAUUAUCAUCGCUAAGCUCUUUAUGCAACAGCUGUGGAAGUUGCAGGAAAACGGGAAGCCGUGGGAUUGGGAUCGUGAGCUACCAUCACAUCUCCAAAGGGAAUGGACGGCAUUUCAUUCCAAGCUGCAUUCACUUCGGGAAGUGCGCAUUCCGCGUUACACUUCAAUUCGGCAAGCAACAAACGUGCAGCUACACAUUUUCGCGGAUGCUUCUCAGGUGGCAUAUGGUGCUUGCUGUUACGUCAGGGCAGAAAACGAUUCGACAACAUCGGUGCAGCUGUUGGCAGCUAAGUCUAAAGUAGUAUCGUUGUCGAACACACAUUCUAUAGCGAGACUCGAGCUUUGUGCAGCGCGGUUGGCAACGCAACUGUUCCGGAAGGUCAGUCAGUCCCUCAACGGUGAAUACGAUGCUUUCGCUUGGACUGAUUCCAUGACCGUGCUACAUUGGCUCAAUUCAGCACCACGGAGGUGGAAGCCUUUCGUUGCCAACAGGGUGGCACAAAUUCAAGGAGAAACCCGGAUCAAGUGCUGGAGGCAUGUUCCUGGUGUAGACAACCCAGCAGACGAUGCAUCGCGAGGUCUACUACCAGACAAAUUGCAAUCCUGUGAACGAUGGUGGCAUGGGCCACAUUGGUUGAGCAGCAAACAGGAAGAAUGGCCUAUAAGAGAACCUGCAAUUGAAGAAACGGCAUCAAUAGAAGAAGAACGGGUUACACAAUCACGAAUAGCUGCAAUGUCGAUGGAGGACGAUUUCAACAAUAAGCUAUUUGCACGGUUUUCAACCUACCCCAAACUUCGUCGAACCAUGGCGUAUUGUUUACGUUUCGUGCAAUGCAUGAGGACACCGAAACCCGCAAUUACGUCACCGACAGCCAAGGGUCAUGCUUCGAUUCAGGACAUGAUUACAUUGAUUGCACCUCCAUCUCGAGACGAACUCAUCCAAGCUGAGCUGCAGUUGUGUCGGUUAGCUCAGCAAGAUUCAUUUGCGGACGAGUUAAAAACGGUCAAAACCGGCAAGGAUGUACCGCGCAAUUCGAAGUUGAAAUGGUUGUCCCCCUUUAUUGAUGAGGCGGGAAUCCUGCGUGUUGGUGGUCGGCUUCACAACGCACAAAUAGCAGAAUACACGAAGCAUCCUAUACUUCUUUCUGCAAAACACCCACUCGCUGCAUUGUUGGCAGUCGCGUAUCACCAGAAGUAUAUGCACACCGGAACACUUGUUAUCCAUACUUCGUGAACGCUUCUGGAUAAUCGGUGGCCGUAAUUUGACGAAGUUGGUUUUCCAUCGGUGUCACAAGUGUUUCAAGGCCAAACCUACACUGGUGCAACAAUCCGUUGCAGAUCUUCCGACAUCAAGGGUUACACCCACGAGACCAUUUGCUGUCAGUGGUGUGGACUAUUGCGGUCCGGUAUUGCUGAAGUCGCCUGUUCGCAAUAGAAGUCCCACCAAGGCAUACAUCGCCAUCUUCGUGUGCUUUGCAACACGAGCGGUCCACAUUGAGUUGGUGAAUGAUCUCACUACGGCGGCAUUUUUGGCAGCACUAAGGCGCUUCGUGGCUCGCAGAGGCAAAAUCGCGGAACUGCAUUCGGAUAAUGCUACUACGUUUAAGGGGGCUGCACACGAACUUCAUCGCCUCUACGAGAUGUUUAAGUGCAGCAAUAGCGAACGCAUCGAAAUCUUCAACUGGUGUGCCAAUGAAGAAAUUCAGUGGAAGUUUAUUCCACCUCGAGCGCCACACUUCGGAGGACUGUGGGAGGCUGCUGUACGAUCCGCUAAACAGCACCUAAUUCGCACGAUAGGAAGUACGAGCCUCACUCAGGAGGGAAUGGUAACAUUGCUAGCGCAGGUCGAACAAUGCUUAAAUUCAAGACCCCUGAUUCCGCUUUCUAGUGAGCCUUCGGACACGCAACCACUCACUCCGGGUCAUUUUUUGGUAGGGUCGAACAUGCUGGCGUUGCCACAAGUUGAUAGGAGUCAGGUGUCAGCCAAUAGAUUGAAGGAGUUUGAUUUGGUGCAAAAGCAUAUGCAACAUAUAUGGUCGCGUUGGUAUCCGGAAUACUUGCAGCAGCUUCAGGCCCGGGCCAAACGCUUAAUAGUUCCACCAGUGUCGCUAGAAGAAGGGCAAUUGGUAAUCAUAAAGGAAGACAAUAUACCAUCUACCUUGUGGCCAAUGGGUAGAAUAACACGAUUGCACCCAGGAAAGGACGGCGUUGUUAGAGUAGUAACACUUCGUACAGCUGCAGGAAAGGAGAUAGUACGCGCAGCAGCUAGAUUGGCAAUCCUUCCAAAUCCAAACAUAGGUGAAGACAAUUAACCUCGAACACCAAAGUUAGGAGGCGAUCAGCGCGAAGCACAUGCGUAAUGUAAACAACCACACCGCACAUACACACGACACGAUACACGAAGUGACAGAUCGACACUUGCAACUUGUACAACACAACACCACACUUGCACAACAUUUGCUAUCUCUGAGGCGAAGUUAGAUCGAGAUACUUCUUCAUUUUCUUAUUUUUUUUCAAUUGUAUUUUCUGAAUGUUUAAAGAAAUACUUUCUUUGGUGGCCGGAAUGUUGGAGAUUAGCCGGAAUCAUUUGAAUUUAUUAGUUCGAAUUCGAAAUUCGAACUCAAUUUAGAAAUAGGAUAGGAAAUGAACUCAUAGGCAUAGAUAAGGAUAACAGAAUGAACUCAAAAUGAAUUAUGUAAUGAACUCUUGACAAUUGAAUAUACAGUAGCAAACGGA